UCACUCUCCAAGCUACACCGACCACCUACCUCCUACCUACCUUACUCCAUCAACUACAACAACACCACAACCUCAAUCACCUAUCCACCGGUCCACUCUAGACUCAGAAGACACACAAUCCAACAAGUCAAAAACCCGCUAUGACCACCAACUAAGAAACCAAACCAACCCAAACAAACCAGCAAGACCACCACCAACCCAAAAUGUCCCGCCAAACCACCACCCCCUUCCACCUCAAACUCUUCUACCGCCAAUCCACCUACCACCCCUUAUCGGACUUCUCCCCGGCCCCGGCCGGUUCCGCUCACCCCGGCGACCGCACCACCACCACCCCGCGCGGCAGUCUCCCCGCCCACCACCUCCAGAUCUACACCUGGCCGACCUGCUCCCUGCGCGAGCUCGCCCACCUCCUGACCUCCACCCUGCCGCACCUCCUCCCGGAGGUGCCCAUCGGCACGCGGCUGAGCUUCCGGCUGAUCUACCCGGACACCAAAGGCGCGGCGAUGAAUCUGGGCGACCACGGCCGGGGCCGGUACCUCGCCAAGGAGAUGGGGAGUGUGGUGAUUGCGCCGCGGGGGUAUGAAGAUGCUGAUGACGUGGAUGGUGACGGUGCUGGUGAUCAUCAAGAGGAGAAGCGCGAUGGGGAGGGAGGGGGUGGGCAAGGUCCCCGGGCCAGGGCUGCCGCUGCUGGCGCGUUCCGGAUGAGUGGUGCGGAUGCCGAAAAGACGUUGCAGGAUUUUCGGUUCGUGAUUGGCGAUUAUGUCGAUUGCGCGAUUGUGCCCCCGCUGGAGGACGGGUCCGUGGCGCCGCCGCCGCCGGUUGGGGCGGGAGGAGGAGGUGGAGUGAAGCGUUGUGGUGGUAGUGUGGGCGGCUGGGAUUGA